UGUUGGCCACCUCAAUACACAUGUAGAUCGAACAGGAAAAUGUUGCUUUUCUUCAACUAAAAUGGAAUUAGAUACGAAGAAAAAGACGUCGCAGGCUUUGUUAUCGUGUGGCAGUGGUGGAGGUCUCGGUGAGAAACUUCUGCUGAAGCCACAAGCAGCCAGAUCCCUCCAGACAGAGAGAAUACCUAGAAGCAGCGUCAUGGAUAAGCUGCAGAACUUCUUACCUCAGAUGGCUGAGGCCAACGAGAAGUUAAAGCAGCAGAUAGAGGAGGGAGCAGCCGGAUACCUGGACAUCGAGAACGUGGAAGAGGCGGAGAGGGUUAUAGAGAUGGACGUAGCGUUGGUAGAGCUGGACGGAUCAGACGGUGACGAGGAGACGUCAGACCCUGAGGAAGACUCUGAUUCUGAGGACGAGGACGUCGGGAUCACAGAGCAGAAUCUCAAACUACCGGGAGAAAAGAGCAGGAGGAAAGACGUGAGGAUCCAGGUCCUGGAGUAGACGAGCCGGCUGCCCUCACGACCUUCUGCAUUCUUCUCUUAUUGACAAGAACAACUGUAAAUCUAUCUGGAGAUGGACAGACUUUCCUCAUCCCUAUGGGAAAACAUUUCGUUAUUUUUCUACACAUAAAGGAGCAAGAAAAGGAUCCUGUAAUAACUUUAUCCAGUCCUAAUCAGCUGACCCUGUACCCUCCGUGUCUGUGUGCUGUUUUCAUGAGCUUGUGAACAUUAUUAUAUCAGUUUAAGCAACAAA